GUACUAUUACUCGUUAUCCGAGUCCCCUCCUAUGGGAAAUUGGCAGUCUCAACACGGGAAGGGGACUCGGAUCACGAGGAGUAAUUAGACAGUUAAAUAGUGUUUUUAAUGUGAUUAAUUUUGUUUUAUUUAGUGUUUUUGAUCAUUGUUUCAUCAACUUGGAAGAAUAUACAGCCACAGGAGAGAAAAGAAAAAGACUAUUAUUGUCGUUUGAAAAAGUGUCCGAGUCAUUUGUCAUUGUGUCAAUGGGAAAACGUGUGGUGGAAGGAAGUCCCCGUUCAGUGAGAAGCUUCGCACCGUUUCGCACCGCGAACAAUAGAUUUCUUUUGAAAAUCUUCCAACCGUGGAUUCCAUUGAAAGUUUGCUGAUAUUUGAGGUGUGUCUCAAGUUUGUCCCCAGUGACUUGGAUGACGAGAAGGCCUAAUUAUCUAGAUAAGCCUGGCACAGGGAGGUACGUUCAUCUAAUGGAUGUCACACCAAGAGCAGUACCCUCACACAUGAGAUGAAUUGGAAGAAUAUUGUUCCUUUAUCACUAGGACUGCUCACUGGAGUACUUUCAGCCAUCAGUCUGUUGCAGUACCAGGCAUUGGUCAUGCCAAGCAUCGCGCCCGAUCCCGAAUACUCAUUGGGAGGGACCACCUUCUACUUUGUAUCGCUCCUCAAGAGGAGAGACUCGGAGAAGACGAAGCAGAAAGGUGAUGGCAGAAUUAAUGGCAAUGAUGAUGGCAGUAUAGAAGAGUGGCUCAGUCAUGAAGGAAAUGAGAAUAUGGGUAGGGCAAAGCGUGAGAAUGCGGAGGGAGAGGAAAACGGGAAGGAAGUGACAGGACUCCAUGGAGACUUAAAGGAUAUAGGCUCAGGAAAUGCUUUUGAUACUUCCCUCGAUGCUCAAUCUUCCAAGGACAAGACGAAGAUCCUCUGCAUGGUUGCACUUGCAGGACUGGACGUUGCAAGCUAUGCCACGUACAGCACAACCCUACAAAAUACAUGGGGGAAACACUGCAGCAGGGUUCUGUUUGUGAGCGACAGGUCCAUCCAUGUGCAAGCAAACAUUCUUCGAACAGACCUUAAACCUGGGGAAUCUCACUCUUGGUCAAGGACUAAGAUCCUGCUGAAGGAGGCAUAUAGUUUUGUAGAAGAGUUUGAUUGGUUUGUCAAAGUGCCCUAUGAUGGAUUUGUGGUCUUAGAGAACCUUAGACAUCUCGUACAGCUCCAUCAAACUAACAUCCUGGGUUACAUCGGCCAAGUUUUUGAGGGACCUGGUAGAGACGGCUCUGUCUUUGUCUUGAGUCGCUAUGCAAUGGAACUAAUAGUGCCUACCCUAAUCACCUGCACCCCUAGAUAUCUGCAAGGUUUUGAUGAUGGUGAGGUGUUGGAAUCCUGCUUAAGGAACGUUGAUGUGGUCUCCUUGACGAAUGGGCGUGACCAGUCUGGUAUCUUCAGAUUCCAGAUGAAAGUCCCUGAAUUGGAACUACCUCGUCUUGCUACAAGCCGUAUGCAGUGGAACUUGAAAUACAUUAAACACCCAGAAAGACAGGAUGAGAGUUGUUGCGAGGAGUAUCCAGUCAUUUUCCAUGCUGUUGAUGUUAAAGAGAUGUACACGUUGGAAUAUGCCAUUUAUCAUCUCAGACCCUUUGGCAUAGGCAACUAUAUGUGCCCCUCUACCAGUGGACUGAGGUGAUGUCUGCAACCUUUCAUGACCAGAACAAUAGAACUUGGGGGCUGCAGGUUAGUGGAUAUGUGCUGACAGAGUAUGACGAGGGCCAGGAUUUGAUUGCUGUAGGAAAAUAUGGGAGUUUUCACACAGGUGUAAUAAGGUAUGAUGCAAAGAGUGAUCACCUCUGUGAUCUGAUGAACAGAGUUGCAAUGAUCAAGUGGUUUGUAAUGGAGUCAUUUUUCAUAACGUGUUUAUUCAAAUGCGGAAUAUUUUUGUUGAGAAAAUUAUUUUAAAUACCACACCUUUUUGCUUGGGAGGCAUUCUAUGUAAAUACUUCAAUGUCAAGCAAAGUCUGUUUUGUUUAAAUCUGUUAGUUUCAUGUACCUUAGUAAGACUAGAGUCAGACACUUGUGUUGGAAAACUUGUCAGACUGCAAAUGUUAAAACUCUCCUGUUGAGUAUAAGUAAAUUGAACUAGUAUUAGUAAUGUCUACAACUCUCCAAUGGUCACAUUGAAAGCAAAAAUGGUGGAGGAUGAACAAUUUUUCACACGUGUCGUGGAUAAAUUGUUGCCACAUCUGUUGAUUAAUAUCUCAUUUUGAAGCUAGAACUAUAGGCCAAAUAUAUUAAUAUAAAUCAGAUUGUAUAUAAUAUAGGAACAAAAACUACAGGGGGUGGAGGAGCCAAUGGAUGCGGAGCUGGUGGGGGUGGUGAAUGAUAGAAUGUUAAUUAAACUUAAUUAAUAACUUUAUAUUAUAUGAAAUAGGACUGUCAGCCUCAUAUUUCUAGGUAAUUUAAAAGGAAGGAACUAUUAAAAUUUGACAAUUUCGAAAAUAUGCAGAUGUGAGGUACAUGUGCAAGUUACAUGUACAUGUAGCUCUGAUCUGCAACAGUAUCAUUUAGUAAUUUUGAGAAAUUAGGUUAAUUAUCUAAUGUCUAACUUGAAUUUUUAGUAUAAAACUUUUGUAUCAGUGUAACAAACUUUCCUACCAAUUAUGUAGUCAAUUUGCCAAGCAUAAUUAUAAAAUUAUAAACGGUGACAGUCAUUUUUUUUUUUUGGGGGGGGGGGAUAGUAGAAUUAAACGUUGUUAAUGAAUUAGUGUAAUUAAUAUGUAUACAAUAACAGAUUAUUUGUUUUUGUUAUGGAUUUAACUAUUGAUGUUACAAGAUUGAAAAUGCAAAAUACUAGGGUGAUCAAAUGUACAUGUACUUGUACAUGCAGCUUUAACUUUUGACACCAUUUUUGUGGAGCAGGUCCAAUUUUGGAAAAAUGCAUUUGAGAAUUCUUAUUUACAUGUACAUGAAUGUCAAUGUAUUAAUUAGCAGUUAAUGAGUCAUUUAAAAAAGGAAUAACAAAGGUACAUGUAUUUUUGGACUCAAAACUUUUUCAUUAUUUACAGAACGGAAAUACCUAUAUAAACAUAUCAAUUUUUUUUUAACCAAUUUUCCCUUUUUUUGCGAAAUUGGACCACCUUUUGACAUGCGACCCAUUAUUAUUUUUUUUCACAAGUAUGUUACAAAUUUACAUGAAGGUAGAGUUGAUAGAUAAAAGAGAUAUCAUACAAAUACAUCAGGCUUUGAGAAAGUAUAGUGGGAACUAUUUAUCUGAGGUUGGAUUGGCAAUAACUAUUUUUCUCGAAUACAUGUAGAACACAUUGCUUGUCCAACCGAGGAUUAAUAAUUCACACUAUGCAUUCGAAAGAAACGCCUGAUAUAUUUGUUUUAUAUCCCUCUUUAACUUGUGGACCUAGUCCUUGCUAAUGGUUAACUAAAUCUACUGGACCUAGUCCUACUCUAACAUUAGGCCUGUUGAGCUAUAAAUGCUAGGCAGUUCCUGGGUAGGCUGCGCGCGGCUUCUACCCGACUGCACUUAAUGAGAGGUCCGCUGAGCUGCGUUGGCCGUUGCUGCAGUUGCACUCAAAAUGUAAAUAGAUAUGGGCAGGCUAAAUAUAGACCUGUCUAGAUUCUAACUUAUUGUGCUCUAAAAAUUAGUAUCGGAUUUUGACUCACCUUGCCAGGUAUAUUUAUUCAAAAUUUAAGGAUCCUGUAUGAAUGGUCGUCGGAAUUAUAUUUUCUGCAUAGUAAUCUAGACCCAAUUCCACAGUGUUUUUUCAAAUUGUCGGUAGGGGAAAGUCAUUUGAGCAAGAGCUUGUAUUUUUAAAUUUAUUUAUGAUUGAUUACGGAUGAUCUGGGUCAAGUCAGGGAGCAUGCGCAGUUCAACGUUGAGAGAAAAUAUCGAGCGUGAGCAUGCUUAGUUCUGCCCAUGAAAGUAUAUCGAAAAAAUAUAUAUACAGAGCUGCGAGAAAGCAAUAUGGAGCUACUUGCAGCGAUGUGUUUUCCUAAUGAAAUUAUACUUUGUCACAUGAUCAUGAAUUCACCAACCGUUUAUCUAGAAUACUCAUGAAUAUUCAUAAGAGGGAUAUAAACAUUUAAGACUAUCCUUAAGAA